AUGGGGCCGCUUCGGGCCUGGCUGCUGCUGUGCCUCGUGGCCGGCGGAGGGCGCGCCGCCGCCGCCGAGCUGGAGGAGAAGGACGCGCUGUGCCACCCGCGCGGAUGCUUGGCCGUCUUCACGCAGCGGAGAACCUUCCGGGAGGCGGGGCGCAGCUGCCGGGAGCGCGGCGGGACGCUGGCGACGCUGCACGACCGCCAGGCCGCCGACGCCGUCCGCCGGCUGCUGGCGGGCGCGGAGCCGCACGGCGCUCGGGUGCGCCUGCGCCUGUGGAUCGGGCUGCACCGGGCGCCGCGCCAGUGCUCCGCCGUGCGACCGCUGCGCGGAUUCGUGUGGGUCACAGGCGACCAGGAGGGUCAGUUCACCAACUGGCUGCGCGAGGAGGCGGCGGGCGCCUGCGCGGCGCCACGAUGCGUGGCCGUGACGGUGAACACGGCAGACGGCGCCCGCCACGACGGCGACAACUUCAAGUGGUUGGACGGCUCGUGCGGUCUGGCGCUGGACGGCUUCGUGUGCCAGUACCCCUCCGAGGGCAUGUGUCCGCCCCUGGAGGACGAGGGGCAGGGCGCGGCCGCUUACUCCACGCCGUUCCGGCUGACCAGCCGGACGCUGACCCACGUGCCGUACGGCUCGGUGGCCGCCCUCGCGUGUCCGCCCCGGCCCUCGGAGGCAGACGCCCCCGCCGAGCAGACGGCGCUGUGCGUGGAGAGAGACGACGGGUCGGUGGGCUGGUCCCGGGACGCGCCGCUCUGCGGAGCCCGCGCGCCGCCGCCCCCCCGCCGUGACCUGUGCGGCACGGACCACGGGUGCCAGCAGCACUGCCGGAACACGGACUCGGACUACUACUGCUACUGCUCGGAAGGAUACACGCUCGCCGAGGACGGCCACGACUGCCGGCUGGACCCCACGGACCCUCCCGAGCUUUCCUCUUCUUCAGACGCCGCCGCGCCCAGCGAGCCGCCCCGCCUCAAAGCGGCGUGCGCGGCCACGGGCUGCGAGUACGACUGCGUAGAAACGUCUCGGGGGGUCCGUUGCACGUGUCCUCCGGGGUACCAAAUGGGCCCGGACGGGCGUCGGUGUUCCGACGUGGACGAGUGCCGGCAGCGGCCGUGCCCGCAGGCGUGCGUCAACGUGCCCGGAACCUUUCACUGCGCGUGUCACGCCGGCUACCGAGCCGACGGCGAGGGCGAGUGCGUGGACGUGGACGAGUGCGAGGACGAGGGGAGCUGCGAGGGCGCCUGCCGGAACACCGAGGGCUCCUUCGCCUGCGCCUGUCGCCACGGGUACCGGCCGUCGGGCGACGGCACGUGCCUGGACGUGGACGAGUGCGUGGGGGCGUCGCCCUGCCAGCAGCAGUGUCUCAACUACGUCGGCAGCUACCAGUGUUACUGCGACGACGGUUACGAGCUGCGAGCCGACGGACUCGGUUGCCGGCCGACGCCCGCCGACGAAGAAUACUCCACUACGACCCCGGACCCCACCGACCCGGCCCACGCGCCGGAUCCGGACCGCGAAGGCCCGCGCACCGCUCGGCCCAACCUUGACGUCCCCGAAACCGGCGACUCCGACGAGCGCCGGCACCGAUGGGACGCCCCCUCGCGGAGGCGGUACCGGACGGAGCGGCCGCCCGCCGCACGCGAGAGCGACGGCGAGGGAGGCAGCCCUGCGGCUGGAGGUCAAGAAGGCGAAGGCGACGGCGAACGCGACCGCAACAAGGUCAAACAUGACAAGAGCUGGCUGCUGGUGGCGCUGUUGGUGCCGCUCUGCGUGUUCCUGGUGGUGAUGUUGGCACUGGGCAUCGUCUACUGCACCAGCUGCGCCGUGGACAAGAACAUGCGCCUGUCGGAAUGCUGCCGCUGGAUCCUCCCCACGCCGAACCUCAACAGCGCCGAGCCCAAAGGACGAGCGUGACGCUGUCAUGUGACACGUCUCCCGUGUGUCACACGAGCGUGAUUAAGGUUCCCACCUCGUUUCCAGGCAGGACACGCCCUGCUCCAAUAUUACUGGCUCCAGGACACACGCCGCCCCACUACCAUUGGCUGCAGUAUCCCGGUAAAACACGCCCUACUGACGGGAGAGGAAGUUUUGGACUUAAGUGCGGCGGCGUUAAUGUUUCCCACUGAGCCUAACCCCCAACGCCUUCGCCGCAACCCUCGCCCCGAAGCUAAACCCUAAACCUAAACCUAACAAAUGUCUUCGUUUUUCUGUCAUGCGAACGUGACAUCUCGUUACAUCCGCAAGGCCUGCCCUUCCCGCGACACAGGAGCCGAUGGUGCCGCAGUGGGGCGUGUCCUGCCUGCAAACUAGGAGGGAAUCCUAAUAACGCAUGCUUGACCGUGUCACGAGGUCAUCGUCACGUGCGAUGUGGUCACGUGGCACGGUGAGGGGAUGUGGGCGCGUGACGUGUCGCGAUCAUGCGGCGACAGGGUCGUGCGGUGCGGUGACAAGACACGGUCACGUGACGAGCUCAUAUA